UCCACACCGUUGCGUAGGAUUCUGUUCUUCCUUUCUUCCUUUCUUCCUUCUGCUCUUCGAAUACUUUAAAGCACUAAAGGACUACUUAGAUAGAGGUCGGAGAGAUUUGAUGAGAAAGAUUGGAAAUCUGUAAUACCCUAUUCGAAGAUGAUCCAUCUCUACAUGGAAGCGUAACAAAUUCAUUACUUCUAUUAAUCACUAGUUGUCUCCUAUCCUUUUCAUUUUCUUUUGAGGGAUAAUUCUUAUCUGACUUCAUGUGUCAGUCAAGUGAAUUUGGAGUCCAAGCAAUAUACAGAAAACCUUUUGGUCUCUGUUUUUUGGUAUCCAUCUGGAAUGCUACCUUCAAUUUCAGAACAUGCCAAACACUUGUUCUCGUUCUAACAUUUUUCUCAUAUGCUAGUUACCAUGCCACUAGAAAAACCACAAGCAUCGUUAAAAGUGUGCUUGAUCCCAAGAAAGCAGAAUCAGGCUUUAUACCAUGGCCAAUUCCUAACAGUAUUCACUUGUUUUAUAGUCAACACUGGAAACCACUGCAGACCAGUGGUUGGGCUCCUUUCAACAGUCCAAGUGGUACAGAAAUGCUUGGAGUGAUUGACGUUGCUUUCCUUUCAGUAUACUCAUUGGGCAUGUUUUUUGCUGGACAUUUAGGAGAUCGUUUGAAUUUGCGAUUGCUUCUUACGAUAGGAAUGGUCGGGACUGGCUUUUUCACUGCUCUUUUUGGUGUUGGUUACUGGUUAAAUGUGCAUAGCUUCUACUAUUACUUGUUAGUUCAGAUAUUUGCUGGUUUGUUUCAAUCUACCGGAUGGCCUUCAGUUGUAGCUGUCGUUGUUAAGUGGUUUGGGAAGAGGAAGAGGGGGUUGAUCAUGGGAAUAUGGAAUGCACAUACAUCAGUUGGUAAUAUUUCUGGCUCCCUGAUUGCUUCUGCUUUGUUAACUUAUGGGUGGGGCUGGUCUUUUGCCGUUCCUGGCCUUCUUAUAUCAGCCGUUGGGCUGACUGUAUUUCUUUUCUUGCCCGAGAGUCCUGAGGCAGUUGGAAUAGAUAAAAAUGAUGCACUGUUGAUGCCUAGCAGGACUGGAAAUGAUGAGCCUCUUCUUGAAGGAAAAGAAGAAAAGAUUAAGGACCAAGCAGUGGGAUUCAUUGAGGCAUGGGGGAUACCUGGAGUUGCUCCAUUUGCAUUUUGUCUUUUCUUCUCAAAAUUGGUUGCUUAUACUUUUCUCUAUUGGCUUCCAUUCUACAUCAGUCACACAGGUACUAGAUGA